AGACCACAGUGGAAAAAGUGGACAAAGUGCAACUACCAGGCUUUUGUAUGACGUAUACGUAUACACGUUACCGGAAUGGAAGGAAAAUAAUUAUGUUAAUUAUUUGAUAUAUUUUUUUUAUCUUUUUCUCAUUUCUUAAACGUGCUGACGUGUUGAAAUGUUAUCGUUAGGAUGUCUACUUUAUUAUGGAGUACCUUUACUUGCAUUCGUUAUAAUUUUGUUUUUUGUAAUAAUAUAUAUGACAAGCGAGCAAUAUCCCAAAAUUUGGAGGGAUAAAAAUGAGAAAUUCUUUUUCAACUACGAGAUAGGAAAGAAGGAAGCAUUUCCCUCAUUACAUGAUCCUUGGAGUGUACACCUCAGUGUCAUUGUACCUGCUUACAAUGAGGAGCAAAGAUUGCCGCCAAUGUUGGAUGAAUGUUUAGAAUAUUUGGAAAAACGUAGUAAGUCUGGAUUAACUUAUGAAGUGAUAGUAACCAGUGAUGGCAGUACAGAUAAGACUGUAGAUGUUGCACAAGAAUAUGCAUCAAAAUAUAAUACUGUAAGAGUAUUAAAUCUUAUAAAAAAUAGGGGAAAAGGCGGUGCUGUAAGACUGGGAAUGCUUAGUGCAAGAGGCAGUGCUUUAUUAUUCGCAGAUGCAGAUGGAGCCACUAAAUUUAGCGAUUUAAAAAAGUUAGAUGAGAGUUUGAUAAAUGUUUUAGGAUUCGAUUAUAUGAGCGAACCUGAAAAAAUCGCAUUGUCUGAUGCGGUAAUAUGUGGAUCGAGGGCGCAUUUGGAAAAGGAAGAAACUGUCAAACGAUCUUAUUUCCGACUUUUCCUUAUGCACGGAUUUCAUUUCUUAGUCUGGCUAUUGUGUGUUAGAGGCGUCAGAGAUACACAGUGCGGAUUCAAGCUUUUAACGAGAAAGUCAGCAAGAACAAUAUUUGAAGCAUUGCAUGUAGAACGCUGGGCUUUUGAUGUAGAAAUGCUUUACAUCGCGCAAACUCUCAACAUUCCUAUAACCGAGAUAGCAGUGAACUGGACGGAAAUCGAAGGCUCCAAGAUAAUACCGUUUUGGAGCUGGUUGCAAAUGGGCAGAGACUUAUUCUUCAUCUGGCUCAGAUACACAAUUGGAGCGUGGAAGAUAAAUAAACCUAAAACGACUUAAUAUUACAUUAUUAAAUAUUAUAUAAUAGGAAAUUUUAAGACUACUAUCAUUGACUUUUUUUCCUAAUCUUUUCAUGUAAAGAUAUUUAUAAAAAUAUUUUAUAAUAAAAUUAUAAAACAUUAUAAAAA